AUGAGAGAGGGAGGCAAGCGCCGAGCUGUUACCGGUUGCAUUGCCACCAAUACUUCCCACAAUAUUAAUAGCAAUGCACUGUUGCGUCCCGGGCACUUAGUCUUACCUUCCUAUUCGGGUGCACCUCUGCCUUACUUCCCAGUAUCGACACCCGCACUCUUCUGGGUGCAAAAUCUACAAAACGAUGGCUUUCAGACGACCUAUCGAAUGGAUAUUCUGGAACUUUAUGUGGGGUUCUCUAAAAAGCUACACAUUAUCGCCGUUCAUGGACUCAACCCUAAAAGCAAAAAGAAUCAUGCUGAGAAGACCUGGGAGUCGAAUGGGAAACUUUGGCUCAGGGAUUUUCUUCCCAAGCAACUGCCACGAGCCAGGAUUUUCCUCUUCAGUUACAACUCUAAAGUUGUAAUCCAGUCAUCCGCAGCUGGAGUGCGGGAGCAGGCACAUGUCCUCCUUGACCGCUUAAGACUGGAAAGAGAGGUAGUCAACAGCAACUGUAUGACUGGAUUUGUCCCAGAAGCUUACAUUGCCUGCAGAACUGUGAAUAUCGACCCCUGCUUUUCAUUGCUCAUAGCCUGGGAGGGAUUGUUGUCAAAGAGCACAACGUAUGGCUCGAUAUGCACCUCAACAUUUGGAAUCGCGUUCUUCGGUACGCCACAUCGAGGGACGCACCUCGCACGUGUGGGAGGCGUGGCUGCAAAGUUCGUGAGGGCUAUAUUAGGAACAGCGAGCAAUACCCUACUGAAGGCUCUUUCAAAAGGCAGCCUUUAUGCCCUGGAGCUAUCUGCGAACUUUGACAAGCUUCUUGAAAACUAUAAGUAUCUGAGCUUUUAUGAGACUCUACCAUUCAAAAGCAUCGGCAUAGUCGUUGAAAAAGAAUCUGCUGUUCUUGGCUUGCCUGACUCCCGUGAGAAAGCGGUCGCAUUGAAUGCCGACCAUGAAGAGAUUUGCAGAUUUCACUGCGAUAAAGACGAUCGUUAUCAAUACGUGUCUUCGCUGAUUGUCGAACUAGCGAAUUCAGGGACGGAGCGGCCUUUGACCAGUUGCUUUGAUGAAUCAGACUCCACCCUUUUGGCCGGUGAAGCCGAUCCUUGCUUCUGGAUGGUACCGUUUACUCGUAAUCCCGGGUUUGUUGGCCGUGAACACACAUUAAGUCAGGUCAUGGAGCGUAUCAUGCCACUUGGAAAGGUUCAUUCUAGAGUAGCCUUGUAUGGCCUCGGAGGUGUCGGUAAAACCCAGAUAGCCAUUGAGCUAGCGCACCAAGUCCAUGACGCUCAUCCCGGCGUUUCGGUGUUUUGGAUUCACGCGAACAGUAUCAGUCGGUUCCGAGAAAGUUAUAAUGAUUUGAUCAAGGAAUGCGAUAUUGAAUGUCCGCUCAAUGAUAAACAAGACAAUCUCAGGCUUGUCAAGCAGUGGCUUGAAAAGCAGUGUAAACGCUGGUUGCUGAUCAUCGAUAACGCUGACCAAGCCUCAUUCUUCACGUUAGAUGGCCGUCAAUGUGAGAAAGGUUCCACGUCAGCCAUGCAGCUGCAAGAGGACUCUCCAAUCCUCCAGUACCUUCCUGAAAGUUCUUAUGGAUCCAUUCUUAUCACAACGCGGAACCGAGCUGCUGGUGUCAGAUUCGUUAGGGGUGUUGGACAAAACAUGAUUGAAGUGGGAACUAUGACCAAGGAAGAGUCGAGAUGCUUGAUCAAGUCUGCUUUAAGUGGUGAUUAUCCAACAGAUUCAGAUAUGGAUGAGCUCGCGGAGAUGCUCGAUUAUUUACCGUUGGCAAUCAUGCAAGCCGCUUCGUUUAUGGAAGAAAAUGUGCUCACUGUGAAUGAAUAUAUGAGACUGCAUAAUGACAGUGACGAGACCAGGAUGGGCUUACUGUGCGAGCCCUUCGAGACGUUAGGGAGAGACAGCGAAACCCCAAAUGCUCUUGCUACCACUCUGAUCGUUUCUCUAGAUCAUAUCAAUACCAAAGAGCCGAAUGCCAUCGAUUCUCUGUCCCUCAUCGCUUUUCUUGAUCAACAUCACAUUCCGACAAGCCUGAUGCAACAAAAGCUCACCAAACCGCUUGACUUGACAAAGGCGCUGGGCACGCUUAAGGCUUUCUCGCUAAUAACAGCGAACGGAACCGGUCAAAGCUUCUCUAUUCACCGGCUUGUACAACUUACCGUGCGCAAAUGGCUGAUCAUCGAACAUGAAUUUGAAGAUAAAGCUAUCCAUGCUAUGGAUAUACUCGCGGAGUCUUACCCCGACGCCAAGUUUGAAAAUUGGCCCACUUGCGCUGCUUAUCUACCCCACGCGAUGUCAGUUUUGAAAUACACCCCCGAGCUACAUGGGAAGUGGUUGAGAAGAAGGCUAUACCUUCAAGAAGGAAUAGCCUUCUAUCUCUGGGAACGGGGUCGUUGUGACGAAGCAGAGGCAUUGGACCUUCUCAUUGUCGAAGAGAAUAAGAAGGAAUUUGGUAUGGAACAUCCAGAAACGUUAGAAAGCCUUGCUAGUCUGUCCUCGACAUAUUGUAGUCAGAAUCGACUGUUAGAGGCCGAGAAACUGGACUUGCUUGUCAUGACAACAAGAAAGCGGCUGCUUGGAACAAGGAACCGGUUGACUUUAACCAGUAUGGUCAACUUGUCAAGCGUCUACAGAAGACAGUGUCGAUUUUCGGAGGCGGAAGGUCUGAUAUUGGAAGCGUUAGAGGAGUCAAAGUCCUUGUUUGGAGAGGAGCAUGAGAUGACGACGGACAUCAUGGGACACCUUGGAAAGCUCUAUCUAGAGCUAAACAGGUUGCCAGAGGCCGAAGCACUUGCACACAAAGAUUGGACUGUUCGGAAGAUAAUGUAUGGCCCGGGACACAUUUGGACUCUGUCUGCUGCGGAGACGCUUCUUGAUGUCUAUAUCGGCCAAAAGAGGUGGGCAGAGGCGAAAGAAUUGGCCGUCCCCACCCUGCAGCUACUUGAGGAGAAUAUCGGUACUGAGGAUUCCGAAACCCAGGAGUGCAGACAACGCUUGGUCGACAUCUAUGCAGGGCUGAAUGACUGGCCAAACGCGGAGCAAUUGGCACUGCAGGCGCUAAGUAUAGCGUCGAAUAAGCUGGGCCCUCAUGAUUGGGACACCCUUGUAAUGAAGCAUGAUCUUUCGGAGGUAUAUGCUAAUUGGAAUAAUAUCCAGAAAGCCGAAGAAUUGGAAAAUGAAAUUCUUGAGGACUGCCUCAAUACAUUCGGCCCAGACCAUGGCUACACAUUGUUUUUCUCGGCCCUGGUUCUGAAACGUCGGGGGGAGGAGACAGAGGCCAUACAGCAGAUGGUACGGUCCAUAAAAAGGCUGGAAUAUUCGUUGGGACCUUACUUCAACCCGACCAAGUCUGCCACAUACCUACUACAAGUGUGGUGCGGAGACGAUGAAGCCGUGAACAAGCUCCUGGGAGAUUGA